AUGGAUCUCACCACAUUAGAUAUUUUAAAUGAAGAAGAUGAUAUUGUGAAUGAAGAAACAUUAUCAUUCCAUAGUAAUGUUAGAGAAAAUAUUAUCUUUGUUUUACUGUUCCUGCUAUUGAUGGCUGGAAGUUAUAUUUUAAUAGAGAGAUUUAGAAGACGUGACCGAGAGGAUUUAUACUCAACAGAAGAUGAUGAGCUGAAAGUUUAUAGGAUAAGCUUACUAUUUUGUAUAUUUUCAUUUGCUACAGCGCUGGGAUCAGCGUUUCUACUUCCUGUAUCAAUAAUAAGCAAUGAGGUUCUAUUGCUGUAUCCAAAUAGCUACUAUGUUCAAUGGUUGAACAGCUCAUUAAUUCAAGGAUUAUGGAACUUUGUGUUCCUAUUUUCAAAUUUAGCUAUAUUCAUUUUGCUGCCAUUCGCCUACCUAUUUAGUGAAUCUACGGGAUUUUUAGGACAUAAGAAAGGCAUUAUACCAAGAUUAUAUGAAACGUUUAUUGUGUUCAGCCUAUUAACGGUGAUCGUUAUUGGACUUGUCUAUGUUCUACUUGCUGUCUUUUCAGAAAAAAGCAGUUUCCUAUCUAUGCUAAAUAUUACAACAUAUUUACCAUUUCUCUAUUCUUGUGUUUCAUUCAUUGGUGUAUUACUUUUACUUGUAUGUACACCUUUGGGCUUUAUAAGACUUUUUGGCGUGGUAUCAAAAGUUUUGGUAAAGCCUAAUCUACUUCGUGACAUAAACGAUGAAUUUCAAGUUUAUAAUAUGGAAGAGGCAGCAGUGCUGAGGAAGAUUCAAAGCAAUAAAUAUGAUAAAGGAUCUUGCUUUUUUCAGCUAAGCAAUAUGAAAUUAAACAAUGACAAAUAUUCAACGUUGGUGCCUUCAAAAUUAUGCGCAAAUUUAGAGGACCUCAGCUUCUCAAAACUAACGAAUGGCAUAUCAAUGAACGAUAAAAGCUUAUUGGAAAUUCAAAUGAAUAUAUCGAUUGGAAAUCAGCGAGUUUUUGAUCAGAUAAUUUAUGAAACAAAAGACAUGUCAUCAAACGCACAACUUUAUGCACGACUACGUGAAUUAGAAUGUGAAAGAAAUGAGUUGCAAAAACAACGAGACUCAUCAUGCUUAACGAGGAAUUUUGUGUAUCCUUUAGCAAUGCUAUUUUUACUUCUAUUAACAUCUAUAACAGUUUUGCUGGUCAUGCAGAAUACAAUAGAGCUGCUUAUUGGCAUUAAAGCUCUUCCGCUGAGCAGUAGACAAUUUACUUUAGGCAUUUCGUCAUUAUCAAAAUUAGGAAUCUUUGGAGCAGGAGUUGAGAUUUUUGUGAUUGUUUAUCUAUUUCUUACAUCUGCUGUGGGAUUUUACACAGUUCCAAUAUUUUCUAAAAUACGACCGAAACGAAGGAAGACGUCUUUGUGUCAUCUUAUCGCCAAUAGUCUGUUAAUUUUAAUCUUAACUUCUGCUCUUCCUUUACUCUCACGAAUACUCGGAAUAACGAAUUUCGAUCUACUUGGAGAUUAUGGAGAGAUUCAGUGGCUGGGAAACUUCAUUAUUGUACUUCUUUAUAAUUUUGUGUUUAUUGUGUCAACUGGACUAUGCAUUAUCAAUAAGUUCACGGCAACUGUUCGUCAUGAAUUAGUCGCUCGACUCGGCCUAUCAAGAUUUUUAUUAUUCAAUGCUCAAAACCUUAAAAGUGAAUAA